AUGACGUGGGAAAACUCUCAUACAACCGAUCUUGCAGUGCGCUGCAGCUCUGCUUUACAGAUUUUGCAAGAUGUUCUCAAGAACAGAGAUGCAAUCUCAAAGAAAGAUCUCGAAGAAGCCCACGGGCUGGUAAUCUUCGACGUUAAAGGCAUCGCUGUAGGUACUGGAUUCGCCCAUGGCUCCGGACUUGUGAUGGCUCGUCAUGCGAAGGGGGAUUGGUCAUUGCCCUCUUCUGUCUCCCGGACGUACGUUGGCGCAGGGCCUUCGUUAGGUGCUAAUUUGUACAGCUCGGCUCGGGUACUGAAUAAAGAAGCAUUCGAAAAAUGCUUCAUCGAGCAAAGAUGGGAAUAUGGAAUGAAUCUCUCGGCUGCUGCUGGCCCUUUUGGUGCAAAUGUUGACGUUAAAGGUCAGAGCCUUAUUCAACAUCCCACAAGGUCGAAGGGCGCGUACUUUGGUGUGACCUUUGGAGGCACCCUCUUCGAAGAGAACAAGGAACUGAAUGCCAAGUUUUAUGGGAAAGAGAUAUCUGCACGAGAAAUCCUCACUGGGAAAAUUCAAGUUUCUGAGGCGUGCAAGAACGAGGUGAGAAGUCUUUGGGACUUUUUGACCUCAUUGGAGAAGCAGAUCGAGAAUGAGCCUGUUCAAUAG